GUGACUCCUCCCCUCCUUCAGGCGUGUAUAAGAGAGGUCGUUGGUCCUCUGAAGGAGUUAUUGCUUAUCUAUACUCUUGUGCACAAAGCUGGGGCUACUUUGACUAGGCAAAAUGUUUCUUCACGUAGCCUUGGUGGUAGCGGCGGUGUAUUCUUCAGAAGCCUUGCCUCGACCAGAACCUCCACAAAUGUCCAGCAGGACUAUUGAACCCAAACAAGUGCUUUAUGUACCUGAAAGACAACAAUAUACUCCUGAACUGCAGUACGAUGUGGCUCUACUGGAUCCUCAAUUCCAAAUUCCUUCGUACAAUUUUAUCGGUGAUAAACAACACUUUCCAAGAGUGCAGCCACAGAUAGUUCUUUACCACGGAGGCGCCGCUCCGGGCCAGCCUUUCCUGCUACAGCCCGGAUCUCCUCCUGGAAACUUCUUAGUUCCACAAGGGGGACCGAACGUGAUUAUUAGGGACACCCCACAUGCACCCCCUAGACCAGUAUUUGUGGCAGGAUAUCCAAAACCAGCUCACAUCCCUCCGAUUGAGAAAGACGCUGAAGAAGUGCCCACCAACCCCGCGAAAAUCCCCCCAUUCCAAAGUAAAGGAGAAAAAAGGCCCGAAAAAAUAGAAACUUUUAACGAAGACGACAACACCAAGAAACAAGCAACCGAAGCCGACGUUCUUGCUGCAGCAGACCGCAAUCCUGCAUUCAACCCCACUACAAACCUCAGACCAGGACAGAGAUUUUUCAUCUUAAAUGGACAACCACUCUUCUCCAAUUUCCCUUACAAUAAUCAAAUCUAUCCCGGAGUCCAAUCAAAUGUCAAUUUAAAGUAUGCUCAAACAGGUUCAAGCUUUGCCCCACAAAUUUCCACUAAAACUAUUUCCCCAUAUCAAAAUCUGGUGUUCAGAAACAGGCCCAUUGAAGCUAUUUCUGCCAGACACGCAUUAAGCGACGAAACUUCAUUGCCACAAGGGUAUCCUGAGAAUUUAGUUCUGUUAAACCAACCAGGAAGUUUUCAAGACAGUAUUUUCAGAAAUCCCUUACCCGCAAAUUUAGAGCAAUCUAAAGAAGACAAGGCGCAGUUUCGGCAAGCAGUAAAUUCUGAAAUUGGUAAUCGUUUUGGAAUUCUGGAGUACGCAGAUAACGAUCAGCAAGACGAUGAUUCCGUAGUUAUCGAUGCUGGAGACCAUCUGAGUGAUGAAGAAGGAGAUUCUGCAGAGGGGGACGCUGAAGUUGUUUCUGCUGCAGACAAACUCAGUGAACCUACCAUUGCACAGGCGCAACCUGGCGCUAUUGCUCUUGCUGGACCUGGAGGUGUAGCGGCUGCUGCUCCAAGAGGAACGGCUUUCGUAGGAAAAGAUGGAGUUGCGGUUUCUAGUCCUCAAGCUACUGCAGUAGCAGGACCCAGUCGCGAUGAGAUAGUCGAAGAAGAGAAAAAGAAAAAACAAAGCAAACGAAAACCAUGAGUGAUAUUCUUGUGAUAAGCAACGUAUCAGUUGUAAUUAAUUAGGUAAUCUCGGCAAUCAUGAUAGUUUGGAAAAGUAACCUACUUAUAGAAUUUAGUAAUUAUAAUAGCGAUUGUUUAUUAUUUAAAAGAAAUAUAUUUACUUUUCUAUAAUAAAGCUCUUUUAUAAAA